AUGUUGCUUAUUUCGGUCCUGGUCACCAUGCUGAUUCGCACUUGUUUCUUUUUUGCCUGCCUGCCUGUGGCGAGCCACGUCUGGGGACGAGUGGGCCAAGGGUCAGGCCGGCUGAAACUCACUGUCCUUUCGGAAGACAGGCUCCAAAUGAAAUGGAAAGAGACUGAAGGGAACAUCAAUGGCUACAAAGUUCGGGUAAAGCCCAUGGCAGGGGACUCGGAGCAAGAAGUCAUGCUGAAAACCAAGACUCCCAAAGCCACAGUGGGGGGGCUGAGCCCUACCAAGGAAUACACACUGCAGGUCUAUGUGCUCAACGGCUCCCAGGAAGCCCUGUUUGCCAAGAGGAAAUUUGUGAAGAGAGAGUCUCCAGGAAAAGAAAAACCCACAAAGGAUUCGUUGAGGCGAGGUUCCCAGUUUCAGUGUGACACAUCUGCAGUGACUGAUAUUGUUCUGCUGGUGGAUGGAUCCUGGAGCAUCGGACGCAACAAUUUCAAGCUCAUUAAGGAGUUUCUGAGCAGUUUGAUUUCCCCAUUCAGUAUUGCCCAAAACAAGAUAAGAGUAGGGCUGUCCCAGUACAGCAGCGAUCCCCGCACAGAGUGGGAUCUGAGCGCUUACUCUACGAGGGACCAGGUGCUGGAGGCCGUGAAGAAUUUGCGAUACAAGGGCGGCAACACUUUUACAGGUCUGGCGCUGACCCACGUCCUGGAGCAGAAUCUGAAACCAGGCGCUGGUGCCCGGCUGGAGGCUGAGAAGUUGGUAGUACUCCUGACUGAUGGAAAAUCCCAGGACGAUGCCAACCUGGCUGCUCAAACAUUGAAAAACCUGGGCAUAGAGAUAUUUGCCAUUGGGGUGAAGAACGCGGAUGAAGCAGAGCUGAAGCAGGUGGCCUCGGAGCCGCUGGAGCUCACGGUGUACAACGUGCUGGAUUUCCCACUGCUGAGCUCUCUGGUUGGCAGGCUCACCCGGGUCCUGUGUGCCAGGAUCAAAGAGAAAAGCAAUAAGGAAAACGCAGGCAGCACUGUGAAAGAUAUUGCUGUGAACACGGGUCCCCAGCUGAGCCCAACAGACCUUAAAAUAUCAGCUGUGACCUCUAAGAGCAUGCACUUGACCUGGAGUCCUCCUCUGAGACCACCGAAGAAAUAUCGGAUUGUGUAUUACCCAUCUAAGGGUGGUAGCCCCAAAGAGGUGGUUUUAGAUGGAGCUGUCUCCUCCUUGCGGCUUUCCAAUUUGACCUCGCACACAGAGUACCUGGUGUCGGUGUUCCCUAUUUAUGACACAGUCGUUGGGGAUGGGCUGAGAGGCGUCACCUCCACAUUGCCUUUGUCUUCCCCUCGCUCCCUGCGCGUCUCCGAGCUGAGCCACAACAGCAUCAGGCUGAGCUGGAAGGCAGCCCAGGGCGCCACGCAGUACCUGGUGCUCUGCUCCGCAGCCCCCGACGGAGCAGAGGACUACACGAUGGAGGUGAAGGUGGCCCAGCCUGAGGUCCUGCUGGAUGGGCUGUCCCCCAGCACGGAGUACUCUGUUGCGGUAUAUGCGAUGUAUGGAGAAGACGCGAGUGAUCCAGCCAGCAUCCAGGAAACCACCCUGGCCUUGAGUCCUCCCAGAUACCUGAGCUUCUCCGAGCUCAGCCAUGCGUCCGUUCGAGUCAGUUGGGAGGCUGCGUCUCCGGCCGUGAAAGCUCACCGCGUCGCCUAUGUUUCUAGCAGGGGGAGCAACACUGGGGAGGUCGAGGUUCCUGGCACUGCAACAUCCACUGUCCUGAGACCUUUGUCCUCCCUCACCCAAUAUUUCAUCAGUGUCCGAUCUACGUAUGAUGAAGGGGACUCCUUUCCAAUUACCGGCAACGUUACCACCUUAAAGGUCCCCCCACCGCGUGCGCUGAAGGUGACUGAGCUCUCUGGGAACAGCCUCCGACUGCAGUGGGAAGCCCUUGCUGCCUCCGAUGUGGUUGUCUAUCAGAUCAAAUGGAGCACAGUCGGUGAAGAGAAGCCUCAGGAGCUCUCCAUCGCUGGAAACGUGGCAACUGCUGUCCUGCCAGGCUUGCAGAAGAACACUGACUAUAAAAUAUCCAUGUGGGCCUAUUACAAAGAUGGUGCUCGAAGCGACACGGUUUCUGUUCAGCACAGGACUAAUUCCAGGAGCCCACCCACCAACCUCUUCAUCGACUCGGAGACCUCCACCAGCCUCCAGGUCCACUGGACCCCCCCUGAUGGCCGCAUACAGCACUACAAAAUCACCUACAACCCUGUUUCUGAUGCUGGUGCUCAGCAAACAAUCAUGGCUUCUGGCAAAAGCAGCAGCGUGACCCUGCAGUCGCUGCUGCCUGACCGAGCCUACAAGGUGACUGUUUCUGCCAUCCACUACACAGGGGAGAGCGAGAGCACAUCCGUGACGGGGCGGACAGCCUGCCCCACCAUCAGCUCUACCGAAGGCUCCAUACGAGGGUUUGACAUGAUGGAAGCUUUUGGCUUAGUAGAAAAGGAAUAUGCCUCCAUUAAAGGCGUAGCUAUGGAGCCAUUCGUAUUCAGCGGUUCCCGUACCUUCACCCUCUUCAGAGACACGCAGCUCACCCAGAGAACCAGCGAUGUCCACCUCUUUGCAAUCCCACCCGAGCACACCAUCAGCAUCCUCCUGCGCCUCCUGCCCGAGACCCCCAAGGAGCCCUUCGCUGUGUGGCAAAUAACAGACGAGGACUUCCAGCCUCUCCUUGGUGUUAACCUUGACCCCAGUAAGAAAUCCUUGACGUAUUUCAAUCACGACUACAAGGCUGAUUUGCAGGAAGUCUCCUUUGACCAGCAGGAAGUGAAGAAGAUAUUCUAUGGGAGCUUCCAUAAGGUGCACGUGGCCGUGAGCCACUUCAAGAUCAAACUCUAUCUCGACUGUAAGAAAAUAGCAGAGAAACCUAUCAACACCAUCGGCAGCAUCUCCACCGCCGGCUUCAUCAUGCUGGGAAAAGUGACAAGGACUAGAGGGCCCAGGAGCGGGUCUGCAUCGUUCCAGCUGCAGUCUUUGCAGCUCGUGUGCAGCAGUGUCGGGGCAGAGGAAGACAGAUGCUGUGAUCUCCCUGCACUGAGGGACGAGGAGACCUGCCCUAGCUUAGCUCCUGCCUGCUCUUGUACUUCUGGCCACCCGGGCUUGCCAGGACCUCCAGGGCCCCCUGGCAGCCCCGGGAGGAGGGGACCGCAAGGGGAGCAGGGGGAGCCAGGCCCCAAGGGACCACCAGGAAUUAAAGGAGAGAAAGGAGACACUGGAAGUCCUGGCAUGCAGGGCAUUCCCGGUGUGCAGGGAGCUCCGGGCAGGGAUGGUCUUCAAGGUGCAAAGGGGGUGAGGGGACUCGAAGGCACAGCUGGACCUCCAGGACCUCCUGGACCAAGGGGUUUCCAAGGAGUGACAGGCUCCCGAGGCAGCAGUGGAGAGAAGGGACCUCCGGGUGACGUUGGGCCAACAGGGCUGCCCGGUCCAAAAGGAGAAAGAGGAGAGAAAGGGGAACCACAGUCCUUGGCCACAAUUUACCAGCUCGUUAGCCAGGCUUCUCACGUGUUGAAAUUUGACUCAUUUAUUCAUGAACAUGCAAGGAAGCCAGUUCCUGUUUGGGAAGAAAGGUUGAAACCAGGAGAACCAGGACCACCAGGCCCUCCGGGUCCCCCUGGAAGCAACGGAGAAAAAGGAGAAAAUGGCAUCCCUGGACAGCCAGGCAAAGAUGGGUAUCCUGGAGAAAGAGGUAUGGAGAGAAGUGUUCGUAAGCAUUUUUGA